CUAUGUCGUGGUAACCCGCACUAUCUAUUAUACCGUUUUGCAGUUUACCAAUAAUCGGCAAUGUUUUUUUUAGAAAACCGAUACAUUCGGUAGGUGUAUGGAAUUUUUUUGGUUUUCGAUUUUCGUUCAUCUUUUAUCCGUUUACCACUUUGGUGUAGUCCUACAAAUUCCGGUUAGGUUACUUAGAAAAACAUUUCUGCGAACGUCAAACGUCGGAACGCCGUUAAAAUGAUUCAUUGAGUGAUCUCUUUCGUUAUUAGUUUUUGUUUUUCUCGGUAAUGAACAACAAUACACCGACCAACAUCCCAACGAUGUCGAAGUUUUUGAAAUUGGCCCAUAAAUUUAACAGUUUUUACUUGAACGGCCCUAAAAGGAAAGAGUGUUGUGCUUUUAUCGUGGAUGGCGUUCAAGUGGGAUUGGUUCGAGCGGCAGUCAUUUCCGAACUGAGUCGUUAUCCCAACGUGUUCAUCGUCAACCCUAACAGUGUCAUACUGAACCCGGCUUUCAGAGAUUAUGAAGAGAGGUCUGCCCACAUUGACAGUGUACUUAGGGAUAUGAAAGAUAAGCAACUAUUUGUUACGCUUAAAGGAUGGAGGGACGAGUGCUAUGAAGUCAGGACAAUGUUUGCCGACCAACCACUACUGAAAAUGGACCGAUCUGCUACCUGUUUGUUUGGUAUUUGUAAUUAUGGUGUAGACAUAAACGGUUAUGUGAACCAUCCUAGUAAAGGAUUAUGCAUUUGGCUGCAACAAAGAUCUUUAACGAAACAAACAUGGCCCGGCAAAUGGGACAAUAUGGUUGCUGGAGGAUUGUCAGUUGGAAAUAGCGUGAUAAAAACAGCUCACAAAGAAGGAGAAGAAGAAGCAUCGCUUACUGGCGACUUGUUGAAGAAUUUGAAAUCUGCAGGCACCGUGUCAUUUUUUUACGAGAGUGAACGAGGUUUGUUCCCUGAUACCGAGUUUGUAUUUGAUCUAGAACUGCCACUAGAUUUUACUCCGUGCAAUCAAGAUAAUGAAGUAGAAAAGUUUGAACUUUUGACUGCAAAUGAAACUGUAAACAGAAUUUUGACACCAGAUUUUAAAACGACAAGCUGUCCUGUAAUAGUUGACUUUUUGAUCAGGCACGGAAUCAUUACACCUGAGAAUGAACCACGUUUUCCAGAAUUAGUUGAACUGCUACACGUUCCACUUCAGUCUUUUUAUACAAAUCGUAACGAUGAAAAAUAUUCCAAAAACGGCCUUCCAGACACUUUGUAGUUUUUGUUUUUUCUUGUUUUUUCAAACCUCUUCCUUCUUUAUCUGUAUGCUUCAAAAUUGCAUUAUUUAUUAUUUUGAUUGUGAUUUAUUAUAUUAGAUUAUUUUUACCAAUAUUCACAAAGUGUUUUGUUCCUUCCAUUUUUAUUGUGAUAUACAUAAUAUGUGUAAUGUGUACACCUCACUUAAACAUUUUUGAUUUCUCAAAAUGUUUAAAAAAAAAAAAUGUGUCUUUAAGUAAUAUUUAUUAUUCCUGUAUUGUAUAUCAAUAAAACAUCAGACUAUAUUUAGUUAUACCU